UCAUCGCGAGAUCUCACUGACGGGGUUCGGUCCAAAUCUCGUGUCAGCGGAGAAAGUGAAAGUUUAGAGUUGGAAACCCAAAACAAAUGUGAUCGACGCUCUUUAAGCAGCUAUGAGCCAGCCUUCCAGAAAACCAUCGUCCGCAGAGAAGAGAGAAACGGGGGACACUACAGUGAGAGGCGAGACAGAGAGCACCGCAGCCGACAGGACGGUCCCAGUGACCGACGCUCAGCCAGCGACAGGUCAUCUGGCCAGCCCCCGUACUACCCCAGAGGUUCUCAGAGACAUGCGAGGAGUGCUCCUCGAGAGGAGCACCGGGAGUCAAAGUGCUCUUACAUCUGCUCCAGGAGAGGUAUUGUGUUAAUAUGUGCCGUCCUGACCAAUGCGUUGGUUCUCGUAUGCGUGGUGGCUGCUCACAUGUCGCAGAUGGGCAUGUCUGCGAUGGGUAUGGGCGGAACGAGCUUCAUUGACGCCAUCAUUCCUUUUGAGGGGGUGGAGCUGCAGCAGCAGGUGCGUGAGCUUGACAUGCAGUUCGGACAGAUGAGAGCACCAGGAGUCUAUGGAGGUGUGGCCUUCUGCCUCACUUUUGGUGCACUUUCACUCCUAUUUUUAGUGUCCAGCAGCAAACCCCCCCACAUGCUUCCAAGGAAGCUCCUGAUUGGACAGUUUGCAUUCCAGAUCAUUGGUGCAGUGGGUUACGUGGUUGCGGUGGGUUUGUACCUGCACUUCGUGAUCUCAGUGAACUCAACUGAUGUGUGCGUCCGGCGUGAGCGGCUGUAUGCUCGUAACGGAUAUACCUGGAUGAACUGUAGCGUAGGUGGGGGGGAUGCAGCCGUCGCACUGUUUGGAAUCAUAACUGCAAUUCUGUAUGCUGCUGGGACCGUUUUAACGGGACAAACAAUCAAGGAUGUCAGCCAUUACUUUAAGGAGCGUGACCGCUAUGAAGCCGAACGCAGAGAACAACCUAGAAGUCCUCUGAAAACACCUCCUGAUCCUGACACUUAUGUCUGAGUUGUGCAGCAAAAAUAUGGACUGUAACCCUCUGGAAUGAAUGUAUAUAAACUGGUUUUAAUUUUUGCUUUUUCUUUAUUUUUUAAAAAUUUUUUGAAUGUAAGAGAUCUGUUUUUAUAAUUUUUAUGCAUAUUAUAGUUUAAGGCUUCAGUUCAAUAUAUUUUUAAUGAUGAAGGUUUU